GCAGAUGGGCGGGUCCUGCAGCACGCAUAGUGACGUAUAUUAUGCUUUGAUAGCCGUGGCCAUGUGCAUACGCCCUUAGGUGUGCAGAUUGGCUGCCUUUUCUUGGAUUUUGUUUACCGGUUUCCAUACUUGAAACUAACAACAAACAUGCCUUUAUUUAAUGUACAGUCAGCAUCUAGUUUGCUAAAGCUAUUCUUUUCGAAGCCCUUGAAACAUUCGGAACUCCGGAAAUUAUGGUUAUCAACUCACAGCUCUCUCUUAGGAGACAAAAAUCUGAUACUUAUGGGACCUCCAGGCUCUGGGAAGACAUCAGUAGGUCGAGUACUUGGCCAGAAGCUGGGCUGCCCAGUCAUAGAUGUUGACGAUGAUGUCCUUGAAAAAAACUGGAACAUGAGUGUUUCAGACAAAUUGCAGGAUGUUGGCGAUGAACAAUUUUUAGAAGAGGAAGGAAAAGCCCUUUUAAAGUUUUCGGCAUCUGGAAGUGUAAUUUCCCUUACCGGGUCCAACCCUCUUAACGCUCGUAGCAUGGAGCACACAAGGAAAAAUGGAAUAGUUGUUUAUCUCGAUGUCCAAGCAGAGGAUAUUGUUGAGAGGCUCGAAGUUAUGAAAGUCGAUCGCAUUGUUGGCCAAAAGUCCGGAGCUUCAAUUGGUGACAUACUUCGGAAAAGAAAACAUUUCUAUAAAAAAUGGCAUGAUGUGCGUGUGCUUUGCCAGACCGGGGACAGUAUAGAAGUUCUGGCUGACAAAGUAAUUGGUGCUGUUAAAAGAUAUCAGAACCUUGAGUCGGAAACAUUUGUUUCCACUAGGUGUACACGUUCAGAUCUAAACCCACAAAAGGACAACAUCAAAUACUUCUGUGAUGCUGUUCUGGAAGGUUUGAGUCCUGACGGUGGACUGUAUGUCCCAGAAAAAGGUCUGCCAGAGCUCACACCAGGGGAAUGGCAGCGAUUAGUUAAGUCAACAUACACUGAGAGAGCACACAUAAUAUUAGAAAGAUGCAUACAUCCUGCAGAUGUCCCUCCAGUUGUCCUUGGAGAAAUUAUCGAGAAAGCUUAUGGAGAAAAUUUUGCUUGUAAUAAAGUUGCUCCGGUAAGACACUUGGUGGGAAACCAGUAUGUUCUUGAACUUUUUCAUGGACCAACAGCAUCCUUUAAGGAUUUAGCCUUGCAGUUCAUGCCUCAUUUAUUUGCUUACUGUAUUCCGAAAAUGGGUAACUAUCUUGUCCUUGUAGCCACUUCUGGAGACACCGGUAGCGCUGUUUUGGACGGCUUUAGUCGCAUCGAUGAGAUUGACAAACAAAGAAUUGCUGUCUUUUGCCUGUAUCCCGAAAAUGGAAUAAGCCCUAUACAAAAAUCACAAAUACUUGCUUGCCAAGGACAGAAUGGACGGGCAUUGGGAGUGCAAUCUGAUUUUGAUUUCUGCCAGACUGCCAUAAAAGAAAUGUUUAAUGACGCCGAUUACACCGGCUUUCUGACUGCUGAAUAUGGAACAGUUUUAAGUACUGCGAAUUCAAUAAACUGGGCAAGACUGCUCCCCCAGGUUAUCUACCACGCAUCUGCAUACCUUGACCUUGUUAGCCAAGGUGUAGUCCCGUUCGGAAGCCCAGUUGACGUAUGCAUUCCCACAGGAAACUUUGGUAACAUAUUAGCUGCCUUCUAUGCCAGGCAAAUGGGAAUACCUAUCCGAAAGUUUAUCUGUGCCUCUAACCAAAAUCAUAUUUUAACUGACUUUAUAAAAACAGGGCACUAUGAUCUCAGGGGUAGACAACUACAGCUGUCAUCUUCUCCUGCAAUUGACAUUCUCAAGUCCUCCAACUUAGAAAGAUAUUUGCAUUUCAUUUCAAACAACGAUGGGCAUCUUGUUAGAGAGCUCUAUGGACAGUUGCAAAAUCAGGGCCACUUCCGCUUGCCGAAUAACUUGGCUCAGCUUCUACGUCAGGAUCUGGUUGGUGACUGGUGUUCCGAGAAAGACUGUUUAGCUGCGAUCCAUUCAGUCUACAAUGCAACGGGAUACAUUUUAGACACCCAUACAGCUGUUGCCAAAGUGGUGGCGGACAGAGUGCAGGACAGGACUUGUCCAGUUCUCAUCUCGUGUACUGCUCAUUACUCCAAGUUUGCACCUGUUAUUUUACAAGCCUUGGGUAUUGACGAUGUUAAACAAAGCCCUUUAACCCAGCUUCAGAUACUGGAUUCCUUCAAGCCUUUGCCGCCGGCUCACACGACCCUGCUAACCACGCUGAAACAGAAAGACAGGCAGACAAGAGAGAUUUGCACAGCCGAUUCAAACAUUGUGAUGGGCCAUGUGGAAAGCUUCAUUCAAAAUCAAUUUUUCAAAGCCCUCUAACGUUUUACAUCACAGAUGCUUGAUAAGGAACAAAGCAAUAGCUGCGUAGUUUCCACCAAAACAUAUUAGUGG